GUGCCACCUGCCAGUGUCCAUCAGUGCCAGCUCUCAGUGCUCAUCCAUGCCACCUGCCAGUGCCCAUCAGUGCCAUAUUUAAGUGCCCAUCAGUGCCACAUCAAUGCCACAUAUCAGUACCCAUCUGAGCUGCCUUUCAGUGGCACCCAUCAGUGCCAUUCAGUGCCACCUAUCAAUGCCAUUCAGUGCCACCUAUCAGUGCUGCCAGUCAGUGCCACCUAUCAGUGCCAGUCAGUGCCGCCUAUCAGUGUGCAUCAGUGCCGCCUAUCAGUGCCCGUCAGUGCUGCCUAUCAGUGCCGCCUAACAGUGCCAUGCCAGUUAGUGCUGCCUAUCAGUGCCUCCUAUCAGUGCCUUUAUGAGUGCUGCCUUUCAGUGCCCAUCAGUGAUGCCUGU